GAAAGAGCGGAGUCUCUCUCUCUCUCUCUAGAAUCUUCUUCUCUCCAUCAACUAGACUUUCAUCAAAUCGAUUUAGAUCAAGCAUAGUUGCUGUUGAUUUUUGAUUACUUAGGUUAUGGAAGAAAGCAAGAGGAGGAUGUGUACUUUGCAGCUUUGUUGUUUUCUUUUGAUCGGUUGCUUGAUUUCACAGAUUUACGCCUCUUCUGACGCGAUAUUUUACGAGUCGUUUGAUGAAUCGUUUGAGGGGAGUUGGAUCGCAUCUGAGAAGGAAGAUUAUUCUGGUGUAUGGAAGCACUCAAAGAGUGAAGGACAUGAUGACUAUGGACUUCUUGUAUCCGAGAAGGCUAGAAAGUAUGCAAUUGUUAAGGAGCUAGAGAAACCUGUUGAGCUCAAGGAUGGUACAAUUGUUCUCCAAUUCGAAGUCCGUCUUCAAAAUGGUCUUGAAUGUGGUGGUGCAUAUUUGAAAUAUCUCCGGCCACAGGAGGCUGGCUGGACCGCCAAGGGAUUCGACAAUGAGUCUCCUUACUCGAUCAUGUUUGGUCCCGACAAAUGUGGUGCCACAAAUAAGGUCCAUUUCAUCUUAAAACACAAGAACCCCAAGAGCGGAGAGUAUGUUGAACACCACCUCAAAUUCCCCCCUUCCGUGCCUUCAGAUAAAUUGACCCACGUAUACACUGCUAUUUUGAAACCUGACAACGAGGUCAGAAUCCUGGUUGAUGGAGAAGAGAAAAAGAAGGCUAAUUUCCUAUCAUCCGAAGACUUCGAACCCGCACUAAUCCCAUCAAAAACCAUUCCCGACCCAGAUGACAAAAAGCCUGAAGAUUGGGAUGAGCGGGCCAAGAUUCCUGACCCAGAUGCAACAAAACCCGACGAUUGGGAUGAGGAUGCACCCAUGGAAAUUCUCGAUGAGGAAGCUGAAAAGCCCGAAGGAUGGCUAGAAGAUGAGCCCGAGGAAAUUGACGAUCCAGAGGCUGUGAAGCCCGAGGAUUGGGACGAUGAGGAGGAUGGUGAGUGGGAGGCUCCCAAGAUCGACAACCCGAAAUGUGAAGCUGCAUCUGGAUGCGGAGAAUGGAGAAGACCAUUGAAAAGGAACCCAGCUUAUAAGGGUAAAUGGCAUGCUCCUCUUAUUGACAACCCUGCUUAUAAGGGUAUCUGGAAGCCUCAAGAAAUUCCAAACCCUAGCUACUUUGAACUUGAAACCCCUAACUUUGAGCCAAUUGCUGCCAUCGGUAUCGAGAUCUGGACCAUGCAAGAUGGCAUCUUGUUCGAUAACAUCUUGAUAGCGAGUGACGAGAAGACUGCAGAAACAAUCAGGGAAACCACAUGGAAGCCAAAGUUUAAGGUGGAAGAAGAGAAACAAAAGGCUGAAGAACCAGCUGGUUUUGAUGGUCUCAAGGGAAUUCAGAAAACUGUGUUUGAUCUUCUUUACAAGGUUGCCGAUCUGCCUUUCUUGGGUGACCACAAGAUCAAGGUUUUGGAACUGAUUGAGAAGGCUGAAACACAACCAAACAUUACAAUUGGUGUCAUAAUAUCAAUUGUCGUCGUGAUCUUGAGUGUCUUGUUCAAGUUGUUGUUCGGUGGGAAGAAAGCGGGAAAGGUGAAUAAUGUGGCGGCAGCAGCAGCAGCAGCAGCAAAGAAGGAAGAAGGGGAGGGGGGUUCAAGCACCCAAACAGUAGGAGAAGAGGGAGAGGAAGAGGAAGAGAAGAAAGAGGAGGAUGCAGCAGCUGCUCCUCGUAAAAGGAGCACAAGGCGUGACAACUAGAUUCUACUUUACUAUUAUUUGGUAGCAUCUUCUUCUUGUAGUCAACUUAGUUAUUUGGCAUCUACUGCUACCCUGCUACCUGCUACUAAUUACAUGGUAUCCUUUUUGUCUGUUUGUUAAAAUACAUUGAAAACAAAGUUUUUUGUUGUAAGUAAAUCAGAGAAUUUUUAUCAUUAGAAAUUUAAGCCACUUUUUGUUUUACUCAA